AUGAAGUGGCUGAUCUGGUUCAUCAUCAUCUCGGUCAACAUUAUGCUCGGCGUGUCGGCCGCCAUCAUGUGGAUCCGGUGCUGUCCCGUUGCGAGGCUAUGGAUCUUUGACAUGGAGGGUACUUGUUGGCCGUCCUACGUUGUAAAGGACUAUCAGACCUUCGCCACAGUGUACUCCGGCGCGCUUGACAUCGUCUUGUCACUCCUGCCGAGGAGGAUUGUCUGGAAUGACGCCAUCUACAAGAAGGAGAAAAUCGGCGCCCUCAUCGCCAUGAGCUUCGGUGUGCUGUAA